CCACACUCACAGCACGCACGUACUUUCCUGUCUCGUCUCAUCCUGCCUAGCCUAGAAUUUGGUAUCCCAGUGCCAUGGCGCUAGACUCAAAUGCUUACCGUGUAUACGUGGCGCUGACUAUUGGUGUUUUCUUUUGGUCGUCUACUUUUCUAGCAUUUUCUGCAGGCAGUGGGGUUUCCUCCGGGUCUGCCACCACCUUAUUACCAGCGUAUGACUUCUUGUAUUACAUGGGAGUUCGGGCAUACUUCUUUGAAGAAUGGGACAAGGCAGCAGAGAACUUCGAGAAGUCCAUAUCUAUUCGAGAAACUAUUCGUCGAACACGUCGGAAAUGUUACGAUGAAUGCUUGUCUGCAGGGGAUGACAUACUUUCCUAUUUGGAGACGCAGACGGGCGAGCUAUGGGACAUGUAUGCCAUGGACUGGGUGCAUCGGAGGGCUGAGUGUGCCAGAUUCUGUGUGGGGAGAGUUAUCACUCCUGCCGGCCAGCGGCCAGUUUCUGCAGACAUUGACUACGAAUUCGGAACCCGAAAUGCAUAUAACUUCUUACAGUUGACAUACUUCAAGCUAAACAAAAUGGCAAAAGCUGCCUCAGCGGCACACACCUUCUUCGUGAGCAACCCCAGUCACCUGGAGAUGCGCAACAACAUCGAGAAGUACAGGCGGAUGGAGGAGAUCACAGACGACGCAUUUGUGGACAGGGAGAAGGAGCUGGAGAGACAUUGGGAGGUGUACGACUCGGCCAUCCAAGCCGAGAGUUCGUCGGACUGGAUUCGUGCAGUGGAGCAGUGGAAGGAGUGUGUGAACGUGACGCUCCAACAGAUGGAGGAGUGCAGGGCCCAGUGCGCCAUGGCAACCAAGCUUCUGCCUGACGAUGAGGCUCCAGAGAGAACUGGAGGACUGUAUGAGAAAGUAGCCGCACUAUCUCUGUCCUUGCUCGCAUGUCACCAAUCCUGCGUGUCUCUGGUGGCAACACGGCCUGGAAGGGUAUCUUCUCAAGAGGACUUUCUGCCCACACAAUUGGAGCACUUACACAUAGCGCAGUUCAAAGCUGGUGACCUGAGGGGGGCGAUACAGACCCUGCGCUCUCAGCUGCUCUUCUACCCCUCUGAUGCAGCCUCACUCAGCAAUCUGCAGCUUUACACGGAGACAAUAGGGGACGACGCUGAUGCAUCUGACAUAGCUCCCUCACAAGAAAUUUCCAGAUAUGUGAAAAGAUCCCUGCAAGAGAAAAAGUUGAUUUAUUUCGGAGUGGAACACCUAAACUUCAACUUCACCGAUCCAGAUCUAUGGACUCCAGAGGAUGUAGUUCCCGAGUCAUUAAGAGAAUCAUGGAGGGCCGAGAGGGAGCGGCUGAGCGUGAUGCCUACUGAGGAGGAGGAGGAGACGGAUGACAGCGGCUUCUACGCAGGGGGCCCAGUGCCACAGGUUGGAGUGACGAUCACGAUGGAUGACGCCGCGCUGAAUGGAACCAAUCGAGUGGUGCUGGAUGGUGUCCUAACACAGGAAGAGUGCGAUGCCAUACUACAACUUGCCUCUGCGGCAACGUCAGCGGGGGACAGCUCUCGAGGUCGAAGGUCGCCUUACACUCCUCACGAGAGAUUUGAGGGUCUCACUGUCCUCAAAGCGCUGAAGCUGGCCCAGGAUGGGAUGGUGAACGUGACGGAUGCGAGGCUCCUGCAUGAGAUCGGGGAGCGGGCGCGAGUGCUGCUCCACUCCUACUUCCGCUCCCCCUCCGGCCUCUUCUUCUCCUUCAGCCAUCUUGUCUGCCGCAGCCCCAUCCAAGGUCAUCAAGACGGUAGGAUGGACCUGUCUCACCCAGUUCAUGUGGACAACUGCAUUUUGGAGCCCGAAACCAAGCAGUGCUGGAAGGAGGCACCUGCAUUCACCCACAGAGACCUUAGUGGGAUAUUGUAUCUGAACGAAGACUUUGAAGGUGGAGAAUUCUUUUUCGCCAAAAGGGAUGCUAAAACUGUCACAGCCAGAGUUCAGCCUAAAUGCGGCCGAUUGGUUGGAUUCUCCUCGGGACCUGUCAAUCCGCAUGGGGUUACCGCGGUGACCUCUGGACGACGAUGCGCCUUGCCGGUCUGGUUCACCAAAGAGACGCGCCAUAAGGACGUGGAGCGGGAGGAGGCCGAGGCCUUGUGGGCGGCGGAUGGCCAGAGCGUAGUGAAGGAGGAGGAUAAGAAGGAGGCGGAGGGCGCCCAGCCUGCCGCACGCCAAGGCCGAAGCCAGGCCUCGCAAGGGAGGAGCAAAGAGGGCAGGAGGGAGAUAAGGCGCGACGAACUGUGAGACUUGACACACGCACCAUUUCCCAAUGUCAAGUGUUCUAGCCUUGGUAGUGCGUGAAACGUCUGGUGAUUGGACACUCCGCGGAGUUCAUCCAAUCGCUGGUCGUUUCACGCACCACCAAGGCUAGAACACUUGACAUUGGGAUAUGGUGAUGGAGGUGCCCAAUGCUGUCGUUUUUUUUUGCCCCCUCUUCAUCAUCAUAUUGUUGAAGGGACAAUCAUGCACGACUCACAGCACGACUCGCAUCGGGUAGCUGUGGUACGGCAAAGCAUUGGUGAUGUUCGAAAAAUACAUCUGCACGUGUGCGACUCACAUCGGGUUGUUACAGCCCCGACUAUUGCCCUCUCUUCCAUCUCCUCUUCUGUCUGAGCCCCAGCCAACCUGCCCCCCUGACACACACACACACACACACACAAACAUACACACACACACACACACACACACACACACACACACACACAAACAUACCCACCCAUACCCCCACCACCCUCCCUCUGCCAUGGCUGGCCCUUUGCCUCAGUGAUCACCAUGUCUCACUAGACAUCAUCUUCACAUAUGAGGACCUUUUGGACAAAACUGUGCAUGGUGACUAUGGAUUGUGUGUGUGUGUGUGUGUGUGUGUGUGUGUGUGUGUGUGUGUGUGUGUGUGUGUGUGUGUGUGUGUUUGUAUUUGUAUUUGCUUGUGUGCUUUCUCUCAAGCCAGUCUUUUAGUUGCGUUGCUGUGAAUCCCUCAGCAGACUUUCAGGAUGAUAUUUAAUGUUUUGAAAUUAAAGUCAAAUUUUCAAGAAAAUUGCUGAAGAG